AUGAGUGUGUACGCCGCGAAAUCGCAGCUGCCAAAGCUGCUCGCAACGGCGGUGCCUCGGGCUGGGGCGGAAGCUACGAGUUCAGCGUUCAGUACGCCACAUCUUUUGGUCAGGAGUUGUACAUGGUCGGCUCCUGUGAAGAGUUGGGCAGCUGGACACUGUCCCGCAAGGUCCACAUGGCAUGGACCGAUGGAAACAUUUGGCGAGCAAAGGUGGAGAUUCCCUUGGAGCGCGGCGUCAUCGAGUACAAGUACGUUGUUGCUAAGGAGGCUUCGGCCUUACUAG